AUGGCGACGGGCGACGGUCGUGUUGCUUGGGCCUUUUGCGGGGAAGGGAACGUUAAGUGGAACGGACGAUCAGUCACGCAGCAGAUUUUGGUGGAACAAAUGCAGUUGUGCAGUAAGGUUAUCUUAUAA